AAUAAUWAAAUAAUAAUAAAUGUCCGUGUAAUUCGUAUGAUCAAGGUAGACGAUGUAGGUACAUAUCCACCUUGGGAAUGAUAUACGAAUCAUGAUUUCCCACUGUGAUUUUCAAUCUGAUAGCCGAAACUCGGUGAUAGUAAUUCAGCGAUAGUUGUGCGCCUAGUUGCUCAUUAUUGGCUAUUGCUGUACGCUCCGGCUACACGCUCGUAAUUUUGUACAGUUGUAACUUUUAAGUCGUCGUCACUCCUCGUCCGCGUACGUUGUAAUGACAGACGACUCGACACUGCGUUGAUCUCAUAGUUCAUACGUAACGAGGUUGUCGAAUUUGCCUACUUUUAAAAUUUACUUUAGUACUACCUAUUCUUGUUAUUUGUUAUUUUCUUACCACAUAAUACCGUGUUAUAAUGGCUGCGACCAAAGGAAAAACGAACAAAAAACCUAGUCUGUUGGUAAAUGUGUAUUUGUUUGCAUACAAUUUCAUUCAAGUUUUGGGAUGGAGUUAUUUAUUAUUUCAAAUUGUUAAUUACUAUGUGAACCCACCCMAAUCUCAAUCGUUGUGGGACGUUGUGAAGUAUACAGUUGGAAUAUUCCAAAAUGCUGCAGUUAUUGAGAUAUUAAAUGUAGCUAGUGGUUUGGUGAAAUCUAAUUUGGCAGUUACUAUUCAACAAGUUCUAUCACGUGUUGCCAUUGUCGCUGCUAUUGCAUUUAUACCAGAGACAUCGGGCUCACCAGGUUUACCAUUGGCCUUAACUGCUUGGUGCUUUGCAGAAAUUACCAGAUAUUCAUACUAUGGUUUCAAUAUUAUUGGUUAUAUCCCUUAUCUAAUUAUUUGGGCGAGAUAUACUUUCUUCUAUGUUCUGUAUCCAGUUGGUGUUAGUGGAGAAUUAUUAGUUUACUGGACGUCAUUAGGAUAUGUUGGAAGAACCAAAAUGUGGAGUAUUGAAAUGCCUAAUAAACUAAAUAUUGUAAAUUGA